AUGCUCGCAAUUUUUUCGUUGGCUGCUGAAGCCGGCAAAGUGAAAAUUGCUGCCUUUAAUAUCCAAACGUUGGGCAAAACCAAAAUGGGCAAACAAGAAGUUGUAGCUGAAUUAGUUAAGAUCUUGCGUCGUUACGAUCUAACUCUUAUCCAAGAAAUCCGUGACAGCAGUGGCGUCGCUAUCCAAACACUUUUGGAUGAAGUUAAUAAGGGUCAUAGCUAUUCUUAUGCCAUGAUUCUUUCUGAUCGCCUUGGUCGUAGCAGCUACAAGGAGCAAUAUGCUUUCUUCUAUAGGACCGAUUUAUUCUCAGUCCAAGGAAAUUAUCACUAUGAUGACGGUGAUGAAAGCGCUGGUGACGAUUCCUUUAUCAGAGAACCCUUUGUUGUUAAGUUUAAAAUCACUGCUACUGGUAAGCAAUUCGUCCUGAUCCCUUGCCAUGCCUCUCCUUCCUACGCUGUCGAAGAAACUGAUGCCUUAGCUGAUGUUUAUGAUGACGCUACUACUCGUUUUGGCGAAUCAAACGCCAUCCUUAUGGGUGAUUUCAAUGCUGAUUGCAGUUAUAUUUCAUCAAGUGAAUGGAGUUAUGUUCGCUUGUGGACUCAAAGCCGAUUUAACUGGGUCAUUGGCAGUAAUGCUGAUACUACCACUAAAUCAACCAAUUGUGCCUAUGACAGACUUGUUUUAGCUGGUAGUCGUAUGCAAAGUGAUUAUGUUAGCGGUACUGCUAAAGUAUUCCGAUUUGACAGUGAGUAUGGUCUUAGCUAUGACGAGACCACUGCUGUUAGCGACCAUUAUCCCGUCGAAAUGGAAUUAUACGAUUAA